ACCUGCGUGGCCUCCCGCAGCCGGUAGCACACAUCCUCGGCCAGCAGCGCCGCCACCUCGUCGCUGAGCUCCACGCCGGCGCUCUCGGCCAUGAGCCGCACCGAGUCCCGCGGCAGCUCCACGAAGCGCCGCUCCUCCCGCUCCGCCAUGGCGGGGCCCGGCCACGCCCACGAGGGGCGGGGUUAUGCAAAUAAACCCAGCGUAGAGCCUUCCGGGAGCCCGCGCGUGAGGGAGGAGGGGUUAUGCAAAUGAAGACGCGCACGGGGGAUGCCGGGAGCUCCCGGAACUUUUCUACCCGGAACGUUUCGGCCGCGCUCGCGGUUCCCGCGCCGGAAGGGUCGGGAGGACUCCCAAGAUGGCGGCGCCCACGCGGUUGUGUCACGUUUGGGUGGGGGCCGAGACCGGGGCCCUCAAAGGGGUGAACCUGCAGCGCCGAGAGGCCUCGAACCACGCGGGGGGGGAGGGGCUGAGCCGGGCCCGGGGGGUCUCGGUGCUCACCUGGGGGACCCCGCCCAGAGCCAGGUGAGUGGGGGGGGGGGGGGUCCCGGGGGGUUCGGGGUGUCCUGAACCCCCCCGUGCCCCCCCCCAGGUGCUGGUGGGAGCCCUGGAUCGAUCCCUGAGCGUUUUCAGCACCGAGACAGGAAAAUUCACCGGGAGGCGCUGCCCGGGGGGGGGCGGCGCCUUCUGCGGCCUCGGGGUGCUCGGCAGCUCCGUGGUCACCGCGGUGGAGUCGGGGCUGGUUCGGGUCUGGGGGGAGCAGGAGGCCGAGGAGCCCCUGCAGGAGCUGCAGGCGGGGCCGGGGCUGUGCCGGAUGCGCCAGGACCCUGCGAGGCCUCACGUGGUGGGCACGGGGGGCAAGGAGAACGCGCUCAAGGUGUGGGACCUGCAGCGGCCCCAGGAGCCCCUGUUCCGGGCCAAGAACGUGAGGAACGAUUGGCUGGAUCUGCGCGUGCCCGUCUGGGACCGGGACCUGCAGUUCCUGCCGGGGUCGCAGAGAAUCGUCACCUGCACGGGGCACGGCCAGGUGCGUCUCUACGACCCCGCGUGCCCCCGGCGCCGCCCGGUGCUCGAUGCCGCCUACGGGGAGGCGCCGCUGACGGCGCUGGCGCUGCCCGAGGGGAACAUCUCGGUGGUCGUGGGCAGCGCCCGGGGGGACGUGGCCGUGAUCGACCUGCGCAAAGGGCGGGUGCUGCGGGCACUGAAGGGGUUCGCGGGGGGGGUCCGGGGGCUGCAGUGCCACCCCCGCCUGCCCCUCGUGGCCUCCGUGGGCCUCGAUCGCUUCCUGCGCCUGCACCGGCUGGACGGGCGGCUGUGCCACAAGGUGUACCUCAAGUCGCGCCUCACCUGCCUCCUGCUGAACACGCACCUGGACUGGGAGGCCCAGGAGGAGCCCCCUCCCCAAAAAGGGGUGAAGGACGAGGAGGAGGACGAGCUGUGGGACGCGCUGGAGUCCGUCGCCACCCCCAAAAAGGGCAAAAAAAGGAAAAUUUUGGGGCUUUGAGGGGUCCCAGGACCCCCCCAAAACCCCCCCAGGCCCCCUCCCCCGCUGUAUAUAACGUCCAAAAUGAGGGAAAUAAA